AUGACAACAGAGAAGGGCUUAGUGUCUGAGGCCGAGAAUCCACAACACCAACAGCAGAAGGAAGAAGGUGAAGGAGCUACCAGCACUGGAACACAAGAGGCUCAGCUGGAGGAGUCACCACAGAAGGCAGCUGAGGGGAUUAAUCAAUCUGAACAGAAGCAGAAGGCUUCCAAUGGUGACACCCCUCCAUAUGAAGACUUAAAUAAGAACAAAGAGCGGACGUCAGAAAGCCGAGGCCUGUCCCGGCUAUUCUCUUCUUUUCUCAAGAGGCCCAAGUCUCAAGUCUCUGAGGAUGAAGGCAAAGAAAUAGAAUUAGCUAAGGAUAAACGAGAGGGAGGUCAGAGAGAAACAGAAUUUGGAGCUGGUCUUGAUGAAGAGAUCCUUUUAAAGGCUCCUAUUGCUGCUCCUGAACCUGAACUUAAAACAGACCCAUCUUUGGAUCUUCAUUCUUUAAGCAGUGCAGAAACACAGCCUGCCCAGGAAGAACACGGCGAAGAUCUAGAUUUUGAAACUAAGGAAGGAGAAGAACUUGAAGAGGGCUCCAAAGUAGAAGUAAAAAAAGAGAACUUGGAACCAAAAACUGAUAAAGAGCUCAAGUCUUCCCAGAAAGCUGUCAGAAGACACAGAAAUAUGCACUGCAAGGUGUCCUUGCUGGAUGACACAGUUUAUGAGUGUGUUGUAGAGAAACAUGCUAAAGGACAAGAUCUAAUAAAGAGAGUAUGUGAACAUCUCAAUCUAUUGGAAGAAGACUACUUCGGUCUAGCCAUAUGGGAUAAUGUGACUUCCAAGACCUGGCUAGAUUCUGCCAAAGAAAUUAAAAAGCAGGUUCAUGGAGCCCCUUGGAAUUUUACAUUCAAUGUGAAGUUUUAUCCACCUGACCCAGCACAAUUAUCAGAAGAUAUAACAAGGUAUUACUUAUGUCUUCAGCUGCGCCAAGACAUUGUUACAGGACGACUGCCCUGCUCCUUUGCCACUUUAGCUCUGUUGAGUUCUUACACUGUCCAGUCUGAGUUGGGAGACUAUGACCCAGAACUUCAUGGUGUUGAUUAUGUUAGUGAGUUUAAACUGGCUCCAAAUCAGACCAAAGAGCUUGAGGAGAAGGUCAUGGAACUUCAUAAGUCAUAUAGGUCUAUGACUCCAGCCCAAGCUGACCUGGAAUUUCUUGAGAAUGCCAAAAAACUCUCCAUGUAUGGAGUUGACCUUCAUAAAGCAAAGGACUUGGAGGGAGUGGAUAUCAUACUGGGAGUAUGUUCCAGUGGCCUUCUUGUUUACAAAGACAAGCUGAGAAUUAACCGCUUUCCUUGGCCAAAAGUGCUGAAGAUUUCCUAUAAGCGUAGCAGUUUUUUUAUCAAAAUUCGACCCGGAGAGCAUGAGCAAUAUGAAAGUACCAUUGGAUUCAAACUUCCCAGUUAUCGAGCAGCUAAGAAACUGUGGAAAGUAUGUGUAGAGCAUCAUACGUUUUUCAGGCUAACAUCCACUGAAACCAUUCCCAAGAGCAGAUUCCUAGCCCUAGGAUCCAAAUUCCGUUACAGUGGCCGGACCCAGGCCCAGACUAGACAAGCCAGUGCUCUCAUUGAUAGGCCUGCACCACACUUCGAGCGCACAGCAAGCAAACGGGCCUCUCGGAGCCUUGAUGGAGCUGGAGCAGUAGAGACACCAGACCGGAGCCCUCGGCCUACCUCAGCACCAGCCAUUGCUCAGAGCCAUGGUCCAGAAGUCAGCUUCCCUGGGACCUCUAAUGGCAAGAAACCUUCAGUUUCUAAAGUGCAGAAGGAAACUGUGAAGGUAGAGAUAAAGAAGGAAGAAGUGGAACCUGAACAAGUAGAACCAGAGCCAACUGAAGAAUGGAAGGUGGAAAAAACCCACAUCGAGGUCACACCACCCACCAUAAAUGGUGACCAAAUCCAGCAACCUGCAGAAAAAACAGAAGAUCUGAUAAGAAUGAGGAAGAAAAAAACAAAGAGACUAGAUGGUGAAAACAUUUAUAUCAGACAUAGCAAUUUAAUGUUGGAGGAUUUAGACAAGACCCAGGAAGAGAUCAGGAAGCACCAUGCCAGCAUUAGUGAGCUCAAGAAGAGUUUCAUGGAGUCUGUCCCAGAGCCUCGGCCUAGCGAAUGGGACAAGCGCCUAUCAACUCACUCCCCCUUCCGGACGCUAAACCUCAAUGGGCAGAUCCCCUCUGGAGAAGGACCUCCUCUUGUGAAGACUCAGACAGUCACCAUCUCGGAUGUUGCUAAUGCUGGGAAAAGUGAAAUCCCAACCAAAGAUGUCCCUAUUGUUCACACUGAAACUAAAACCAUCACUUAUGAGGCUGCCCAGACUGAUGAGGGCAAUGGUGACCUAGACCCUGGAGUCCUACUGACAGCUCAGACCAUCACAUCUGAGACCACAAGCAGUACUACCACAACUCAGAUUACCAAGACUGUAAAAGGUGGGAUCUCAGAAACUCGGAUUGAAAAAAGAAUUGUAAUCACAGGAGAUGCCGACAUUGAUCAUGAUCAGGUCCUCGUUCAGGCAAUCAAAGAAGCUAAGGAGCAGCACCCUGACAUGUCAGUGACCAAGGUCGUGGUCCAUCAGGAGACAGAGAUUGCCGAGGAGUAACUCAGGAAUCUCACCUCACUCCUUUACCAGUCUUGGAGAAAACUAUAAACAAUAAGGAAACUUCCUUCAACAUUCAGACUUUGGACUUUCAAGAUUUUUCCAAAAUCACUGAAAAUUCAUCUUCCUUUGCAUUUGGAAUUCAUGAUGUGGGAUUCUUCUAGGUGCCACUGAGCCUUUGCCAUAGCUUUUUCUAGAUUGUGAUGCCAGAAACUGCUCAGCUUUUUACUCUAUGGACUGUUUUUUAGCUAAGCGGUGGUGAUUUUUUUCAGGGUGGCUUGCACUCCUCACUUUUUCAUACCAGUUUCUGACCCAGGCACUGACCAUUCCAUGGGCUUUGCUGCCCACAAGAACCCUGUCCACUGUACUGGAGGAGAAAUUCAGGCUAUUGAUCUCUGUACUUUAUUGUACCCUCUUGAUGACAUAUAGAGCUACAAAAACCAGCUCUUCACCCCUGGGGCCAGUGAGUUCAUUUCAUCUGCCUGAUGGAAGCCUGGGGUGGUAGAGGCAUCUCCCCAGUGCCUGAUUGGAAGGGUAUUCCUUUGGGAAUUAUGGGCAGAAAGCCAAACGCACACCAUAACGGGCAGAGACCUCGGCUGCGAAUGUAGUGUUUUUUCUAACACUUUUUUUUAAAGCUAUUUCAGUAGCUGUUUAGAGCAAAGAAACUGGAACUUACUUCAAAUAUAUGAUACUGUGAAUUAUCAAGCACAUUCAUGGAACUGUCACCCACCUCCUUAACCUUUUAGCCCCUUCAGGAACAGCCUUUCCCCACCCAACACAAUAGAUCAAACUUUAUGGACAGGAAUCUUGAAACCACAGCUGCUGACCACUCAGGUGGACUGUGCAGCAUCUACCCAGCAAGGAUGAUCAGAAGAUGCAUCAAAAAAUGCUUGUCCUACCUAAUUGCUUCCGGAGGGACUAUGGGGAGGCUUAAUGAGGUGUGAGAGUAAGUCUCUGUU